UUCGCCGCCCUGUUACUUCUCUGAAGUGUCGCCACAAUUUGUAUUUAUAUAGCGCCUCUGACAUAGUGACACCCCCGCCACCCUUAAUUGGAAUACAACCAAAUAGAAUUUGACACCGAACCACGUAGAAAGAUGUUCAGUCAGAAAACUGAAUGCCAAACGGAAUAAUUUGGCUUUAUGGGAUUAUUAAAGGAAGGCAGAGAUCUAAAGAUUUGGGGGGGUGAGUAGAUUCUAGAGAUUGUGACUCAGGCAGCUAGCGAUGGAGCGAAUAUAAUUGGGGAUGUAGAAGAUCAAAGUUAGAGGAGUGCUGUGAAAUCACAAGGUUGCAUAGUGAGAGGAGAUUAUACAAAGUGUUUUUCCACAUAGCCAGUUGCUAUCUGAAUCCAUUCGCUCAUGCCAUAGUUAACCUACAAGUUUGCUUUUUCUUGCUGGUCAGCCACAUUCCAUUUCAUAUUCGACAAUCUAUAAUUUAAUCAAUGCUCUAUUGUUCGCAACCCAUCACUGGAUUCUGUGAAGCCAACAUUUCAGAUCCGCUGACCUUUCCUCAGAACAUUCUGAAAUGUUAAUUCUGAUUUCUUUCCACAGAUGCUGCCAGACCUGCUGAGGCUUUCCAGCAAUUUCUGUUUUUGUUUCAGAUUUCCAACAUCUGCAGUUCAUUAUUUUCCAUUUCCUGAGUUCUGUGUCACAUUAAUGCUUAUUGGUGCAGUGUUACUGGAGUGGACUUAGGAAACCUAUUUCCACUAACGGAGAUGUUAAUUAGCAAAGGACACAGAUUGGCAGAAGAAUUAGAAGGGAUUUGAGAAAAAUGUUUUUCAAUUAGAGGAUGUCGAAUGUCUGGAAUUUACUGCCCAUUUCAGUGGUUGAGUAGACAGGGUGACAUGAUUUCUUGGGUCCGGCACUGUCUGUUUCAUACAACAGUAGAACAGCUAAAGAAAACACCAGCUGAACAGAGGUGGUUAUCAAGACAACUAAGGGACCCAUAUGUGAAAUCUGCCCGACAACAAAAUUUCCGCUGUCGGAGUGCUUUUAAGCUGCUGGAGAUUAAUGAGAAGCAUAACAUCCUGAAGCCUGGGAACAGUGUGAUUGAUUGUGGUGCAGCACCAGGCGCCUGGAGCCAGGUUGCAGUUGACAGGGUCAAUGCCACUGGCUCUGAUCCAGAUGCUCCUGUGGGUUUUGUAGUGGGCGUUGAUCUAUUACACAUACCUCCUCUGGAUGGUGCUGUGUUCCUGCCUCACUCUGAUCUCCUGGAGCCCACAGUUCAAGCGAGGAUCCAGGAAUCCCUGCCAACAGGAAUGGCUCAGGUGAUCCUCAGUGAUAUGGCACCAAAUGCCAGUGGGAUCCGUGAAUUGGACCAGCAGCGACUGGCUGAGUUGUGCUUAUGUGUUGUUGGACUGGCCAGGAAGGUCCUGAGUCCUGGUGGCACCUUGCUCUGUAAAUUCUGGGAUGGCACUAAUAGCCGUAUCAUCCAAAAGCGACUUGCUGAAUUGUUUAGAGAUGUGAAGAUUUUAAAGCCAGCUGCAAGCAGGAAGGAGUCAUCAGAGAUCUACUUUUUAGCAAAGCACUACAGGACAAGCUAAUGUUUCAGAGUGACUGUUUAUGCUCAAGGAAGUGUCGAUGGCAGUCUAACAAUUUUUGAGACAGUUUGUUUUUUAACAUUUUCUCCCUAUCCUAUCAAAUUUUGCCCCUUAUGUUGAGGCUGACAGUCCACCACUUAGUUAGAAAGAAAAAAAAUGUGUUUCUGUAUAUGGUCUUUCAUGACCACAACGUUUGUGAUUUGUAGCAAUGUAGUACUUCUGAAGUGUCAUAAUUGUUGUAAUGUUGAAAAUGUGGCAGCAAAUUUGCACAGAGCAAAUUCCUACAAAAAGCCAUAUGACAAUGAGAAGACAAUCUGCUUAUGUGAUAAAAGCUGAAAGUUCUAGAGAAACCCAGGAGGUCUAGCAGUAUCUAUGGGGAGAAAAAAAUUAAUGUUAACAUUUGGAGUCCAGUUUGACUUUACUAUGAUAAGUGUCAUCAUUGGAUUGAAAACAUUAACUCUAUUUCUGUCUGCCAGACUUGCUGAGUUUUUCCAGCAGUGUACUCAGGUGCAUGUUAGGAGUCUACCCUGUCUUGGUAGAUUGCAUUUUUACCUCUGAACUAGAAGGUCAUAGAUUCACCUCCCACUCUAAAAAUGAGAACAAAGUGUAAGCUGAUACUCCCAUCUCCUGUACUAUUGAGGUGCCACCUUUUGGUUAGCCAUGGAAGUAAUACCCUAUCUGUCCAUUUAGGAGGAUGUAAAAAACCAUUUGGGAUUUUUUCAAAAAAGAAUGUACAGGGUCCUGGCUAAUAUUUAUUCCUUGAACAACACCCCAAAACAGAUUGCAUUGUUGUUCAUAGGAUCUCCGUGUACAAUUUUCUUUUCAUUCAUGGGAUGAGUUGUCACUGACUAAGCCAGCAUUUAUUACCCAUCCUUAUUCACGAGUCAACCACAUUGGUGAGGGUCUGGAAACACAAUAGGCUAGACCAGAUAAGUAUGGCAGAUUCCUUUCCUUCAAGGCAUUAGUGAACCAGAUUUUUGUUUUCCCCCUGACAAUUGUUUCAUUGUCAUCAUUAGACUCUUAAUACCCGAUUUUUUUAUUGAAUUUAAAUUCCACCAUCUGCUAUAAUGGGAUUUGAACCUGGGUUCCCAGGUCAUUACUUGGGUUUCUGUAUUAACAGUCCAACGAUUAAACCACUAGGCUGUCACCUCCCCAAACUACAAAUUUACUGUAUCUUUUCCUGUAUUAAAAAUACAGAACUAUUUUGUAGACUAUAAAAAGCUUUAUUACUCUUCAAAGUUGUUAGAUGUAUUUAUAUUGCAUCUUUUAAAUGCUAUAUGUAUUUUUUAUUAUUUAUGUGAACUUAAACUUUUUCUUGUACAGCUAUGGAAACUGAAUAUAUGUAAUUCAAUUGUGUAACCCUGAUUGUAUGUUACAUUCGGAUGGUACAAAAAUCAGAUACAAUUAAAAAAAAUGCUUUUCUUUAA